ACUCGACUAUGACCAUAACUAUCCCAAUAAAUCCCUAAUAACCAAAACAGUCAGCAAAAAAUUUUAAUUUUUAAUUUCAGUGAAAAAUAUGGCCGAACUCACAUUGACUCUAUCACAACAUACUAAAGAUAUAAAUUGCUGUGCAUUCGCUCCAAACAGCCGUAUCUUAGCUUCAGGUUCUAGCGAUAAAACUGUGAGACUGUGGGACAUUUCGGAAGGCAAAGAAUUAGAUGAUUCACCUCUACAGGGACACAGCUAUCAUGUAUGUGCUUGUGCGUUCUCUCCUUUCGGAACUCUUCUAGCCACUGCUUCGACUGACUGUACAGUAUGGUUGUGGGAUGCGAAAACAAAUCAGAAGAUCACAACAUUUGAAGGACAUCGCGGUGCUGUCAGAGCAUGUGUAUUUUCACCGGAUUCCUUGCUCCUAGCUUCAGGUUCCGCAGAUGAAACUGUAUGUUUGUGGAGCACGAAAACCAAGAAACUUGUCCGGCGUAUUGAAGGCUUUGAAAGCAGUGUUAUGACAUGUUCUUUCACACCAGAUAACUUAUAUAUUCUUGCUGGUGGCAGUAAUGGUGAGAUCAAUCUAUGGGAAAUACAGAGUGGUGUUUGUAAAGCAUUUGAUAGGGAAGCUAAUGAUAUGGGAGUAAAUACGUGCUGUUUUUCUCCUACAUUUGGUUCUGCAGGUAUGUAUUUAACUAUUAAAACAUAAUUUCACAUAACAGCUGUGCAGCAUAGCUAGCGGCUUUUUAAAGGAUUUGGAGGUUGAGGUACUGGCAGUUAUGAAGGCAAGGCAUGAAAAGGUGAAAACUGCCCACAUAUCAACAACCCUUACAACUGCCAGCUACCGGACUGUGUUCUUUGCAAAAUUAUGUGUGCAGAAGGUCAAAAAAGUAGUCCUGUAAUUUAGCUUUUGAAGUAAAAGAUACACAUGGAAGAUCUUCCAAGUGCACAACAGAAUUAAUACACAUUCAGCAUACCACCAGCCUCCCUUCUGAGUACGAGGUCUCACCCAUGAUGACCACCCAAGGUGGCUGAGACUUGCACUAUCCCGGUAUCCUGAUGAAACCAGUUUUCAGUGUUCGACACCAGAUGUCAAAACCUUGUUAUCCUAUUUGGAUACCACAAAAUUCUUGGAUAUUAACCCAUUAAGUUACAUUGUGCCCUAAUAGGCAAUUCCAGCUUUUAGUUUAUGCCUGCAGGGGAUGAUGGGAAAUAAGGUAUCGUAUUGCUGAUUGUGCUGAACAAUUUCAACAAAAACUACUGAAACAACCGAAAUAUUUCAAUAUUUACAAGUAUAAGCUAUCAGUCCAUGUUUACACAGCCACCAUUUUUAUUUUUUCAGCUUAAUCAGCAAUGUGAUACCUUACUUCCCAUCGUCCCCUGCACACAUAAACUAAAAGCUGGAAUUGCCUAUUGUGAGCUACUUUAUUAUUUUACGCUGUCUAACACCAGACAAUUUUACUUGUCAAGGAGAGUAAACCCUGGUGCUCAAUGGAUUAACUGCCCAUGUGUUUAGUUUGUCUAAUACCAGAUGAUUUUAACUCAUCUGGGGUUAGACAGAGUAAAAUAAUAAAGUAGGGUGCAUUAAUUAGGACUCAAUGCAACUUAAUGGGUUAACCCAGCAUGCUCUCUUUGCUACUUAGCUUGAAUACUAAUUAUGAAGUGCUAGUAUCUAUAAUUGCAGGGCUCGAAACUUGAAAUUUUUGUCAGUAUCCAAGUGGAUACCAGCAUCAUAGAAUCUAGUAUCCAUCCUUGAAAUAUAGUAACCCAGAUUUGGAUACUAGAUAUUCUAUUUCCAGUAUCUAAGCAACCAGGCCUUCAGUUGCUGAGCAAAAACCAGGCCUUUAGUUUCAAUAAUAAAAAUAUGUAUUGAAAUUCGAAAAAAAUGAAAAUAACACACUGCGCCGAUACGAAAGAAAGCACCGUUUGUGAAAUUUUUUUUUUAAAUAUUCUGCCAAAAUCCGUAGACAUUAAAGUUCGGAAACAUGCCAAACGUCUAGAUGAUUAUCUACUAUCGCAAUUUCUAAGUUUUCCUAGUAUCCAGAACUUUGGGAUACUGAGCUUAUGAUACCCAGUAUCCAAAAUUAAAAUCUGAUAUCCUGUGGAUAUCGGGAUACUGCAAGUUUCGAGCCCUGAUAAUUGAUGUAACAGAACCUUGAUACAAAACUGCAGAACAUGUAAACAUGGUGGUGGGGUCCAGAGUGUUAUUGCAUACAGCCCCAGCCCUCUCAAAAGACAAAACAUAGACAGUUGUUUGUAUUUCCAGCAUUUGCAGAUUCUUUUGUUUGGUUGUUCCAAACAUGUCACUAUCAAGGAUUGCAAUAACAGGUUGUGAUUGGUGGAAUGUGUAAUAAACAUUCUUUUCCCUGAUUGGAUGUCACAAAAUUUUAAAGUUAUACUGUAUCUGGCUGUGCAUUAAAUUGAAUUGUUUGUUCAAAACUCACAGAUUGCCAGAAAAAUGGCAUAAUUUAACACUAGCCUAAAUUGAAAGAUAAUCAAAGUUCUUCCCUUAAUCCUUUAACUGGCAAUGCACCCAGAUGCACCCUACGUUAUUAUUUUACUCUGUCUAACACCAGAUGAUUUUACUCAUCAGUGGAUGAGUGCUGCCACUUUAUGGGUUAAUCAGACUAUCUGCCCACCUGUUAACCCUUUAAGUGGCAAUGUGCCCAGAUGCGCCCUACUUUAUUAUUUCACUCUGUCUAACACCAGACGAUUUUACUCAUCAGUGGAUGAGUGCAUGCUGCCACUCUAUGGGUUAAUCAGACUAUCUGCCCACCUGUUAAUCCUUUAAGUGGCAAUGUGCCCAGAUUUGCCCUACUUUAUUAUUUCACUCUGUCUAACACCAGACGAUUUUACUCAUCAGUGGAUGAGUGCAUGCUGCCACUCUAUGGGUUAAUCAGACUAUCUGCCCACCUGUUAACCCUUUAAGUGGCAAUGUGCCCAGAUGCGCCCUACUUUAUUAUUUCACUCUGUCUAACACCAGACGAUUUUACUCAUCAGUGGAUGAGUGCAUGCUGCCACUCUAUGGGUUAAUCAGACUAUCUGCCCACCUGUUAAUCCUUUAAGUGGCAAUGUGCCCAGAUUUGCCCUACUUUAUUAUUUUACUCUGUCUAACACCAGAUGAUUUUACUCUGUCUAAUGCCAGACGAUUUCACUCGUCAGUGGAAGAGUGCUGCCACUCAAUGAGUUAAUUAUUCACCACAUAUAUCUAGUGAGUUAGUUAUAGCUGCCUACCCCCUAAAAUAAACCUCCAGUAUACUUUUAUAAGCCCCCCAAUUUUGUAAGUUAAUGAGAUAUUUAUUAAGUUCCCUGCCCCACUUCCCCCUCACAACAAAGAUACAGGGUGUUUAAUAGAAGGAACAAGCUUUCGUUGGUAGGGAUGCAACUACCUGAAAAUAUAUUGGGAGGAUUUCAAUGUUUCGAGUGAAAGACCUUUGUAACUCCAGUAACGUCUGGUUACUCCAGACGAAGGGCCUUCGCUCUAAACGUCAAAAUUAUAGUAUCCUUAUAUAUCUUCAUGUAACUGCAUCUCUACCAAUGAAAGCUUGUUCAUUCGAAAGCGUGUUCAUUGUAUUGCCACUACCUAUACUAAAUUGAUGAUGCAGUAAUGAUGAAUAAUGCCUUGCAGAAAUUUUAUUCUAGUGCCCCUUCUCAAGUGAAAAAAUCUGUACAUUGAACCAACUGCCUAAAAAUCACAGUAUUUCCAUCCUUUCUUGCACUUCCAUCAUCAUUUGUUCGACUUUUUAAAAUUGAAGCCUGUUCAUCCAUAAUCUUAAUAGGGGUUUUAAUGGCCAGUUUAUGGGGCAUGAAAAGGCUGAAAACGUCUGGUGAAAAUAUUAGAUUUAAUUUAGUAGUAUACAUGAGGGAAGAACAGACUCCCCCAGAAAAUAUUGAGUGUUGAUUUUAGUAGUUACUGUAAUAGACUGUCAUAUUUUAAUUGUAUUUGCAUAAGAAAUGUUUUUGUAUAUAGACAGAAAUGAAAUAAAUAUAGACAGAAAUGAAUUUUUUUUAUAUAAGAAAUGUAUAUAGACAGAGUCAAACACAGAAAGUAUUUUUGAAACUUGAUAUUCUUGUACUUCACCUGCAAUCUGCAGACAGACUUAAUCAAUGAAUACUACUGUGCAGUUAUUUUAUGAAUCUUUAAUAUCAUAACAUGUUUCAGUGACAGGCAGUUCAUAAAUAUGGGAAUAUAAAUUUAGGUAACCAAUCAGACUUAAAACUAAGUUGCAUAAACAGUAAGCUACUUGUCUCUCAUGGAUGAAAAAGUACAUACUGUAGGUUAGGGUACGGCAGUACAUUGGCUCUUUAAAUUAUUAUUAUUAUUAUUAUUAUUAUUAUUAUUAGUCUUUAUUGAAUCAAAAGAUAAAAAUACAUAUCUUGAGGUACAGUCCAUGCUACAAUAUACAUUAUUCAUACUGUAUACAUUAUAGUUCAUACACUAUAGUUCAUACUGUAUGCCUUAUUUACACUUUGCUAAAAAGAUAACCUGCAAUGUUUAAUCAGUAUUAUAGUUCAUGCUAUAUACAUUAGUUCAUACUAUAUGCCUUACUAAAAAGAUAACUUACAAUGUUUAAUCAAUAACUAAGUCAUAAUUGAAUACCAAACCGUCCAGAUGGCUUGAUGGAUAUGAGGAUAAUUUCUCAAGCUACUCCCCAUCUCCUUCUACUUUGGAGUUGGUAACUUAUGUGAUUUGUUUAACACGUUGCGCAAACCAUAUUUCAAAUUGGUAACACGAAAGUGUGUAUUUUCAAGUUCCAUGUAACACAGAUACCAGUGGUAGUUCACCUCACUUCCUCCUUGCAACUGGUGGUGGAGACAACUUGGUUAAACUAUGGAACAUUUUCACUGGCUCAGGUAUAAACCCCCAGAUUUUUAUAUUCUAUCAAUCAUAUGAUCGAGGGGCAAAUCACUCUAAAAAGUGUAUGAGAUAUCAAAAAAUCAUGUGAUCUUUUGUGGGUUUUUAAAAAAUUUCUUACCAGAAUUUUGGGAUGAGCAUUUGAAUUUAUGUGCGUUUUUUUGUGAUUUUAAGUAAUUUUUUUGUAAUUUUUGUGCCUUUUUGUAAUUACGUGAUUUAAAUAUGUGAUUUUUCCCUCGAUGUGAAUAAUACAAUACUGUAUGUGUGUGUCCAGGUUUUCUUUGAAUACUUUGAAUGCAGAAAUAUAGAAUAAGAUUUAAAGGUAGCCCAUCAAAUAUUAAUUUCCUUUAAUUAAAUUUGAUAUAUAAAUAUUUUUAUUCUGGAUUCCAAGUCAACGAAAAGAAAGAGUGACAAGUUGUCGACGGCUUGUUGACAACUUGUACAAUGUUGUUGACUCAACAACUUGUUAACAAAGUUGUGAGUGACAAGCUGGCAGCAACUUGAUAAAAUGACAUUAUUGUUGCAACUUGUUGACAAGAUUUUUACAAGUUUGUUGUGAACACACCUUGUUGACAAGUUGUGAUUUUUAUGUACGUGUGUAGUAAGGAGACGUAGUCAAAGUGUGUUAUUAUAUUCUCAUUGUUAUUUCUAUAAAAAACCUUGACAGCGUAUUCAGACAAAUGCCACAUUGGCUACAGAUCCACAUUGGCUGCACAUGAAGCUCUAGUUUGGCAAUGCAAUUUCUCCAGCAACGGAAAACUACUCGCUUCAUGGUAAUGUUGAAAUAAAACUAUAUGUAAUUUAAAAUCUUCCAAAUGAUUCAACAUCAAAUAUUAACAUUUUAAAGCAAACAUAUUAAAAAGUAUUUUCUCCGUUCCCAGUCUCUGCCUGUGUGUAUUUUAUGCAAUAUCUUUGUGCAAGUUUAUCUCGUAUAUCUACCUAUACUGUUCAUUUUUUAUUUUUCUUCGUAUUUUUUACUCUUCCACACUACAGGGUGUAUAAACAAAUGAACAGAUAUGAAAUUGCUCUCAAUUUUGCAAAACAGCUAUUAGUAUUCAGUUUUUGAUAUAGCUUCUUUGGGUACUUAUAACGUAGAAUAGAAUUUCUCGAACUCAAAUUUUGUAAACCAGGGAGUGUCUUUUCCAACAAACUAAAAAUGGCUUGCGCACGAGAUUUAAAAGCUUUAAUCGUAUUUUGAGUUAAUGCAUGGGUGAAAAAUGUGGUGGGUGUUUAAAUACUGCACGGAAUUUACACCCCCUGGUUUACACAAUUUGAGUUCGAGUAUUUUUUUCCAUUCUACAUUAUCUGUACUCAAGGAAUCUAUAUAUGACAAAAAGUUGAUACCACGAGCUGUUUUGCGAAAUUGAGAGCAAUUUCAAAUCUGUUCAGUUUUUUUUAUACACCCUGUAUAGUUCAUCAUUAGUGACAAUGUUAUAGUCUGUGGUAAAAACCUAAUUUUAAGUCUUUGUACCACUUCCAUAUAAACGGCAUUAAUUAUUUGUUUAAUGUUUUAGCUCAGGAGAUAAGACAGUUAUCAUUUGGGAUCCGGUAAGUUUUGAUUUAUUCUUUACCAUGACAUAUCCAUAAUUACACUCUUUGCCCAGGAAAGAUAAUUAACAUGCAGUGGAGCUGUCAACUAUGAUCUCCAAGAAUUUAAAACUGGGGUGCAUCAGCAGUAGGACCUUGGUAGAUGACACAUGAAUGUACACAACUUUUUAAUAAAAUUAAUAAUAUUCACGAUAGUAUAUAAUUCAAGUUUCUUGUCAUUGAAAAGUUGAUCGUUCUCGAUGUACAUUUUAUCCAAAUCAAAUGCAUUUUUACUUUGUAGGCAAAUGGAAAUUUGAAUAUUUUCUUUUUUUGUUAGAUUAAAGCGACAGCUUUACACAGAGUAUUCGCGCACUCAAGGUAAAUAGAUGCAUAUUUAUUUUCAAUGACGUGUUUUCAAAUUAAUGACCUUAUCGUUUAUUGCGCUCUUGCCUGAAUGGCCUCGUUUCUAUGUUCCAGCAUGAAAGGCGCGCGUGAAAGUAAUAUCCCCAUGUUUCCCGGACAAAUAUAUUUCUCUUUGAUCUUUACCUCAAUCGCAAGCCUACAGGUAUCACUAAAGCCGGUUUUCCACUAGCGAUAUUUUUUCGCGCGAAUCGACUUUAUUCUUUGGUUCCAGCCGAAAGCUCAAGGACAAAAGCAAAUAGUAGAGAGCUUAAGCAAGCGACGUUUUUGUCACCACGGACGUCAGAUUCUGCCUCCUCCGUAGGCCCUCGUUGCGUCAUGGGAAGGUCACGAUCUGGCGAGGGCCUGCGGAAUCUUGUAAAAAAAAUGGCGUCGGCGUCACGUCAGCAAGUAAAUUUCUACAUAAUCUUGAAUAUAAACAGAUAUAAAAAAGCGGUGUGAAACUUAUAAAUUAAACUGGCGACUCUUAGGACGUGGAAGGAAGCAUUUUUUAACGAUAAGGUUUGUUGUCCACACCAAUGUUGCAUGAAUAAAACUGCCUUCUUUAACGAAGCAAGUUCAAAACAACAUUUAUUCAUUUUACAAGAUUCCGCAGGCCCUCUCGAAAUCGUGACCUUCCCAUGACACAACGAGGGCCUGCGGAGGAGGCAGCGUCAGAUUGCCGAGGGGGACUGGAUUAAAAACUGUGUUUGUGUCAGCUUGUGGUAAUCUUCAACAUAUAGGACAAAACAUGAGAUUUUUAAAGUUCCUUGCUUUCUUAUGCGAGUGCUAUGAUGCAAAAUGCCGGCAAAAUUUGAUAUACCAAAUUUCGGGUGACGUCGGUGUUGACAAUAUUGUACACGAAACAUGAUAAUACAAUCCGACAUGAACAGGGCUUUCAGAAUCAUUCUGAGUAGGUGGCUGUGGUGAUAAAGUAGGCGGUUGUGGGGAGUGGUCUAGGGAGUCUCAAACAAGGCCGGAUUUUGGUGGAAAUAGUGGGGGAGGUGGAAAAACAUUUAGGGGAGGUGCAGCGGUCUAGCUCACGACCCCCAUGGAAAGUUAGGGCUUAGAACGGACCAAAUUAAAGUCAACGAUGUGACGUACAGUAUGCAUGUCGUGUACAUGUGUAUCAGUGUAUUAAUGAAUCAUGACUGCACAACUCAUCCAUUUUUGCCCUUCAUUACAAUUACUACAAAGCUUCUUUCAAAACAUUGCAUUAAACACAGAGAUGAAUGGCUGUCACUGUUUCAAUUUUACAGAAAAACUUUGUUAUGAAGUGUACACCCUAAGCAACCAAAAAAUUUGAUCUAUCAUUGAAAAUUUCCCGGGGGGAAUUUGCAUGAGUUUUCAGGAGAGGUGCAAAAAUUCUCAGGGGAAGUGCAAAACGAUCUCAGGGGAGGUGCGCACCUCCCCUCACCUCCCCUCAAAAUCCGGCCUUGUUCUCAAAGUCAUACAUACAAAUGAACUAGUGUAUAUUGAGCUUUGUAACAAAAUUAUAAUGUAUCACUACUUUCAUUCUUCAACAAGAUAACUUCAAGAUUUAAGUUGGCGAAUAACAAAAUCAGUUUUAUGUAAUAGUAUGUCUUUUUCGAAAAUAACCAGGCUACAAAGUUGACCAGGUUGAGGAAAAAUAACUUUGUUUGAAAGCGUAGAGUGGAGGAUGGAGACUAGAAUUGAUAGUACUAAACAAAGUAACCGGCGGAUGACCUUGUGGCACGCGGCGGAACUCCGCCGGCCGCCGGCUUAUUUUGAAUGUCUUGCCAUGAAAAUGAUGCCAUUGGGGACAAGAGUGCAGUAAACAGUAAGGUCAAUAUGAGCACUAACUUGUGAAAAUCUUAUUAAUCUAAAAUCCACGAAAGGUAAAUCCCAAAAAGCUAAACAACUCCUCAACAACUGUCUGUUUUCUCUUCUUAGAUAUGUGACGUGUUGUGCGUUUUCACCAGACGGCAAAUAUCUGGCCAGCGGUUCAAAUGAUAGAACUGUUAAAGUUUGGACCCUUAAACUAUCCGAUACUUCAUGUGAGUAACAAUUCGUAACUACUAUUCUUUCAUUUAAUUAACACGAUGUUGGAUUAAAUUAUGCAUACUGUACCCUUCACCCCUUACUCUUCAAUGUUGGUGCCCAGCAAUACACCCUUUCGAUAAUUAUGUCAUCUGGCCUGGGAGCCUCGCUCUCAUGAAUCGUGAGCCAAUUACCUUGCAUAAUUUACUAAUGAGAGCGUAACCUGAGUAUCAGGCUCUCGGUAUUGAAGAGAGCCUGACACAAUUCGCCUCUACGGGCUUUCCACCCCCAGAAUAUCAGCCAAUUAAAAUUAUUUCCGGUCGUAGCAUAUUUCCGGUUGUCCGCUACAGGUAUGUAAAUACGCAAAUUUCGUUAUUUGCAGUUUUGUAUAAAUUUGAAUAAAUACGGAGAAAAAUCGGUAUGUUUUUGUCGAAAUAUCCACAUGAUGGAAUUCUAAGCGUAAAGUAUGCCUUAUUCGGGGAACCAUAGCUCGAUGGCUUUUUCCAGGAGUCUAAAUAGACAACAUUCGGCACUCUGAAUAGGAUUUCUUCUUCCUCGGUCCUCGUGUCAUGUUAAUAGUUUAUUCGAGACAGCUAUUCGCUUCAACUGCGUCUAACACAGCGGCUAUUGUCUUCAAUUUCUGCCUGAUGUUGGCAUAUUAGUUCGAGCGAGCUGACUACUAUAUCCUUGCAGGUCUUGGAAAACAGCUGGGCAAUAAACUGAUAAACAAGGCUUCAGCUUUUUGGAACUAAAUAUUUGAAAAUUUCCGAUAUCCACAUAUUUUCGUUCUACGGCGACUAUUACGGCGAGAUAUUUAGACACGCUUUCUACUAUGACUGUGUAUUUUUAGUUUUAUACCGAGUAAAACGUUGCUGCAAAAGCGUUUUUCAACGUCUUUUCGUACUUAUUUUGUCAUUUAAAAAUAAUUUUGGCUUAAUUAAUUGAAAAUAAAUUUCAGAAAUAAAGCACUUUUAAACAGUAUAUUGACAAAAUUACAAAUUCUAUUUUUGGUGUUUACAUACGCCGGUCAUUUCCGGUCAUAUAUUUCCGGUUUGAAUCACAUGAUGCGUUUUAUCGUCUCUUAGCCAAUCAGCAUAACAUCCAGAUUCUGGAUGUUGAACAUGGCUUUAGAGGCGAAUUGUGUCAGGCCCUCUUUCAAUACCAAGGGCCUGAUACUCAGGUUAAUGAGAGCGAGCCUCCUAGACCAAAAAGUAUGUGUGACGUAAUUAUCGAAAGGUUGUAUUACGAAUUGGUUGUUAAAUCGGAUAUUACCACGAAGUCAAGUCGGGCACAAGCCUGGGCAUAAGCAAGGGCAUUCUGUAUUUUUAUAAUCAGUUUAUAAAUUAUCGUAUUAAAUGUUUAGCUGGGCUCAUUGAUGGUGGAAACAUGGUACAGAGUCUUACCAAGAAUGAAAGUUUUUUACCACAAGCUACAGAACAAAAGGUAUCACUCUUUAAAUGCAUUAUCCACGACACUGGUUGCUGCAUAUUAAACAUGGGCGCAGUUGCACCUAUUAAACAUCUUAGUUUUCGUUUUAAUUGGUUAAAUUUUACCAGGAGUCGAUUAAUCGUAGCCACAUACAGUAAAACAACAUAAAGUUAUAGGGCGGACAUAUAUUUAUUGGAACUUUACUGUCACCGGUUAGAUUUCACCGCGGUCAAGCAAACUUUUCAGCUUGCCUAGUGUGGACAGCUGACUUUAUCAUUGACGUGUGUUGGGAAGUGUUAACCGCGGUUAUUAUUAACAAGGAAGUGUUAGCCGCGUUUAUUAUGCAGGGUGCGAAUCAAGAAUUUUUUCUGGCCAUGCUAGUUUUGACCUAUAAUUUGUGGAAGGAUUUUGUAGGUGGAAUUUCGUGUGUGAAUUUUAUACAUUUAUUAGACCCAUAGGCGUACGGGCGUUAAAAUUUUAGGGGGGAGGUCGCUUUCUGCCCGACGUCUUGUGACCCCCCCCCCCCCGACCGUGAACCAAAAAUCGCCCAAGUACAAAGUUCUUUUUUGACCUACAAUAUUUUUUUGUAUGAUGUUUUUCGAUGAACGUCAUUUUGAACUGUUUAUAGUUUUUGUGUUUCCUUCCCUACCAAGGCAAGGGAUUUUCAGUGUAUAAAAUUGAAUGAAAAGUUAGCCUACAAUUUUUCCGUGAAAUUAUAUUUUGGUCUACAAAAGUGCUUUUCGCAUGACGAUUUGUCAUUUGUACUGUAGGCCGUAAAUUUGGACCAUUACAUGUAAUUCAGACCCUGCAUGUCAUACUCUUUGAAGUUUUGCAGAAAAGUUUUUCAACUUGAAUUAGUAUAUGACGUACCAUAACCAUACCAAAACAACGUUACGGUACUGAUUUUCUUCCUUUGCUCUUCAAGGCUCCUGUUAAGAAAAUGACGUCAUGGACAGUGGACGAAGUGUGUAACUGGCUGAGUAAUCUUAAUCUUGAACAAUAUUGUGCAUGUUUUCGUGAGAAUGAAAUUGAUGGAACAGAACUGUUUAAUAUUACUGCAGAAAUCUUAGCAAAUGAUUUAUGUAUUGGUAUGUUUUAUUUCUUGUCGUUCUUUUUAUGACUAUAGGGCUGGCGAGGCCAGAUGUAGAGCUAUAGACUGAAACUGCAAGAAUUAGAAUAUGCAUAUCAAAAUAUUCAACUGUUCAAUCAUCAUUUGAAUAUGCAAGAAGUUACUCAAAGAAGAAUUAGUUUCCGCACGGUUGAUUUGCUUUAAACUAGAAAAUAUAUUCCUUUAGGUGUACCUUUCCUUAUUUUGUUUUGCACAGAAGACAAUUAAAGUACGCUGGUACAGAAAUGAUUUUAUUUGCAAUUUUAUUAUGUCCAUAGUAGUGAAACACAAAUGAUGAUUGACCAUCUCAAUACUCUGAUAUGCAUAUUCUAAUUUUCCAGUCUCAGCUAUAUACAACACCGCGGAAAAACGUCUGCGCAUGCGUCAACCUUGCCUGUAAUAGUAUUGAUAAGAAGCUGUUCCGAACGUUUCCGAAGGCUCAAAAUGGCGGUAAAAAGGAGUGACUUCAUUGCGCGUCUUUACAGCCAGAUUUCGAGCGCAAAAAUAAACAUGUCAUUCUAAAAACUAGGAAUAAAUACAGCCAGAAGGUUCAAGAAAUUGCAGACCUUAAAAUAUCGGUCGGUCACGGACAUUGUCCGACCCAUUCGUGAAAUUGUCCGACGUAGAAAAGAAACCACCGGACAUUCUGUCCGACCUAAGUGAAACUGAGGUUUAUUGUUUGUCCGACCCGAGUGUAUUGGUGUCCGACCGAACUGUAGCUUUGUCCGACGUAAAUCAAAAUGUACCCUUGCCCAGGAGGCCAGGACUAGAGGCAGGCUUGUAUGUUAAAUGGAAAAUCAGAGUACUAUUGUAUAAAAGGUCAACUGGAAAUGUUGUUUUAACGUAGUCGAGCGCGGGGCGGCGAGCGAAAUGGUGAAGUGGAAAACGGGCUUAAGUUGUCGAAGUCUUUUUGAUACUGCUGUUCUGGCAAGUAUGUAUGAAAGAAACAAAUUAUUUAAUAUCUUUACAACAUUUACCGUUUAUUCAUUUGUGUCAUUCAGACUUAUUUCCGAGUCAAAAAUGAACUGAAGUUCAUCGGACAUAUGUCCGACCCAAACUCAACUUCACCGGACAUUUUGUCAGACGGCCCUGGAGAAGAUAUUUUAAGGCCUGAAUUGUAUUGUACAAGAACAUGAACUAAAGGUGAUUGUUGACAAAUUUAUCGUCUGAAACAUUUUGUUUAUGAACUAAGCAACGACAAUUUCCGAAAAAAACUGUGUCGCCAAAUACAAAAAAAUUUCGUGUUCACAGUAAUUAAACUUUAAGAUUUAUUCUACAAUUUGAGUGGGUUAAGAAGCUUAACUUUUCGAGAGUUUUCUUAACUUUUGAGUUUGAAUUUUUGCUUUGAAUAAUUUUGCAAAAAUUUUCGAAGUCGUGUCCGUUAAAAUCAACAAUUUUUUACAUAAAUUAUAUUUCAUUCCAUACUUUAAAUGCCAGGACGCUUUCAAUUAAUGUCUAGUCUACCCAUUUGCUAUAUUUUCUCGUUUGUUUUACUAAUUUUUUACCAAUUAAUAAGCAUGUUUUUGUUUUAGAAAUUGAUAUUCAAAUUCCCCGCCAUAUUUUCAUAAUUUGGUGCAUGCGCAGACGUUUUUCCGCGGUGUUGCUAUAUACAUUAUAUACAUGUUAUGAUUCGACUGCAAAUUUGUUCCCAGCGCAGAACGCGUCAUUUGGAUGCGCAGUAGAAACUCCGAUUUCAUUUAUACAUCUGGUACUAGCGAUUUUUCAACCUUUGUAAAAAUGCCUGAAAAGCUCACGCUAGUAAGAUUACUAGAGUGAAAGAUAAAAAUUUGGAUUUGAAACUACUGAAAUUUAAUCUGGAUCAAUGACCAGUUUUACAUAGAAAGACUGACAAAACUCCUAUCUAGUGGAUAGUGCUAUCCAGCGUAUAAUUGACCUCGUUAUUUUAUUGACGAUAUAGACGUAGGGUUUGUGAUAUUCUGUAAGAUAUAUUAAUUUACCAGUAUUUGCAUAUUUUUAGGACCGGUAGGCCAUCGGAACAAAAUUCUGAGAAAUGUGAAAGAUGUAAAGAGGAAAGAAAUUGAAGAUAGUAUUCCAGAUGAGUUUCUGUGUCCAAUCACUCGAGAGUUGAUGACUGAUCCAGUUAUUGCUGCAGGUACAUAUACUGUAUUUAAAUCUUGUCUUACCUAUAUCUUAUAUAUAAUCGUAUAUAUCAGUUUAUCUUCUGCUUUUAUCCUACCUUACAUUUACCUUACGUAAUUUGAAUAUCGGUUUGAGGUAAAUGCUCACUGGAGUUGCGGAAUAACGGAAUUGUGGACACAGAAGAAAGGAAUAAAACGCAGAAAUAGAGAUAAACGCGGAUAAUAACAAUUCCCUACCACGUGCUCAAUCGGUCGGACUUUUUUCCGGGCAUUUUUUAGCCUCAAAGGGAGUAAAAAUAAAAUCGACAUAAAAUUGAUUGACCUAAUUUGAAAAUUUCCGAUCAAUUUUCUUUUUGGCGGAACCUUUCUCCGGACAUAUCAUAGGCAGGCUCUGAAAUAUUAUAUAUUAUUAUAUUUAUUAUAUAGUAGAGAGUGAGAUACUGAGAAAUACGCAGUGAGAUAUUUUCCAUAACUUCAUAUCAUAUUUCCAUAUUGAUCACGUGACUUUUCCCAAUUUGCUUUUGAGCGUGAAAUUUCACAAUUUUUUGCUUGGAACUAUAUAAUAAACAGAACAUUACACGGUGGCUUGAAGAUAUGAGUUUUAUCUUCUCGUGUUAAAAACAAUAUUUUACUCAUUCGCUGCGCUCGUUCGUAAAAUAUUGUUUUCACCACUCGAAGAUAAAAAUCCUAUCUUGGCGCCGCCGUGUAAUAUCCUCUAUAUCUUAAAUUAGGUCGAAAUGUUUAGUUUUUGAAUAAGAUUUUCACAAGUUAGUGCACUUUACUUCAAGCCUCGGAAUCAAUGGCGUCAGGCUGCAGUUAUCUUACGUAGCAAAAAAUGUAUUUGUACAAAUGUGUGAGUAAAGGCAUAGAGCUGUACUGUUCCAGAAUUUCAUCUUGGUUCCGGUCUUUUUAGGGUGGAAGAACCUUUGUUCGCUGUCGGUUUCGGUAUUUUUGAAAGAAGAACAAUUUAACGCAUUUGUUGAAUAAAUUGUAACAUAACUUUAAAAUAAACAAGUUAUAACAAGUUAAAUGAAACAAAAACAUGAUCUUAAUUUCUUAAAAGUUCCAUAAAAAAUCCUUAAAUAGGUCCAAAUAUCUUUGGAAAUUUCCUUCAAAGGGACUUAAGGUGGCUCCCUAGGGUUUUAUUUCCGGGGGUUACGUUCUUCGUAUAUAUGUAAACUAAAACUCGUGUCAGUCGUGUGACUUCAAAAUACGAACGAACGUUGUGUUUUAUAUGGAACUCUUUUUUUAAACAAAAGUGUGAACUUCUGAAAAGCGACUCUAUACUUUUGUGCGCGAGUUCACUCAUUUGCAUCCGUCAGAAACACCUACUCACCGACAAAAUUUGCUAGUGUGAAUCAGGCGUUAGUGAGAACGCUGGGAAGCUGCAAUAACACCUGGGAUACCGAAACUACCGGUUCUUUUGCGCACGCUCGGUGCUGGCCUACGGUGCUAAAAAACUAUACUGGACUGACCGAAUAUUUCGGUUAACCGCACAGCUCUAGUAAAGCAUAUAGUCAGAUCGUACUCCUUGUCAAAAUAAAAUGUAAAAAUGACACAAGAGCAAAAUGCAUGAACAUGGCUCUCAUCCUAUAACCAUCCUAGGAAAUAUAUUUAUCUUCCUGGCAGCAAAAUUCAAAAAUUAAAAUUUGUGUGUAAGUCAAGUAUAAAACAUUUGUAAAUUUCAGAGAACGUGUGGACUCUGAUGCCGCACAUCUCGACUUGCAAAAUGCUUCAUUUGGAAAUUUCAAACAAUAAGUAAAUUAUUUGGCAUUCCUGUAUAUAAGAUGACAAAAAUUUCCUGCAAGGUGCAAGAAACUUUCCUGCGAAGAUAUUUUGUUAAACAUUCCUGGCAGCGGUGCUGCUAGCGUUGCCGGACAUUUUCCAGCACUGCAGCUGACUGCUCCCAUUCGCUUUCAUUCAGUUACUCUCGGUAAUUUCAAAUAAAAAAGAACAAUUCAUUUUGUUUUCUUUAGACGGUCAUUCAUACGAACGUGAUGCAAUCCAGUCGUGGAUAUUGUCAGGCAAGUUAACCAGUCCUAUGGCUAACACACCUAUGAAACAUUCGAACCUUAUUCCAAAUAAUACACUAAAGAGUGUUAUUUCUAGAUAUUUUUCUACGGAAAAUGUUAGUGCAUGAAGGUGAUAUCUAAUAUCACAGCUUAUCGUGAUGUUUGCGGGAUUUUUAUUUAGCAAAAUAUAUUGAAAUGUACACACAUAUUUAACCAUGGCAACACAUCGCAGACGAUGCUAAUCCGAUAGCAAAUGAAAGCUUUUAGUUUCUGCUAAAGUAAGGAAAUAUUAUACCACCUCGUAGUUCAUUAACAUCUAUGAGUAUUUGAUAUAAGAAAAGCAAGCUCCCAAAUUUGAUAUGGAUGGAUUGUGUAAACAACUAGGGGUACAAACUGUUAAAGGUUUUUGAUCUACAGAAAACCCAUCAAGAUAUAUACUGUAUAGUUCUAUCAAGCGAGAUCCUCAAAAUCCUGAUAUUUCCUAUGCGGCGUGCACCACCCACCCAUGCAAUAUGCUCUGGAUGCAGAAAUUUCGUAUAACCGAUAUUCGAUGUGCUGCUCUUUUCUAUUUUCCCUUUUAUAUACUUACCUAUCACAUCGUUAGUUCUGUUUAUCAUUUGGCAAAAUGACUAAUUGCACCUUGGGGGAAAAAUGCACAUUCAAGGUUAACUGCAAUGGGUGAUAUAUACUGUCAGCUAAAUAAAUAAAAUAAAUAAGUUACGGGACGUCGUUGAACUCGAGAAUACCCUGGACACUAUACCUUCCCAAGUGAAAUUUUGAUUAAAAUAUUGGAGGUCAUCCUGAGACUCGUAGUGUAAAACGUAGUGUUGAGCGUAAUCUGAUCUUUAGUACAGUAAGUGAUGGAGUAAAGUUCUUCACCUGAAUACUGAAUCCCGCAGUUUUUAUGAAGGUAUAUACUGUAGUGUUCCAGGUUGCCUUGAAUUUAAUUGUUCGCCAGAUUAAAAACUGCACAAGUCACUUAAACAAGGUGUCCCCAAAAAAUGCAGUUCCAAAUUGUUACACAUGCAGCUAACUAUUAAGUAGUUGAAUGCGAUGAAUUAUUAAAAUUGAUGAAUUAUUAAAAGUGAAAGGUCGUCAAACCUAUUGAUAUUUAACACAACUCAUGCAUGAUUUCAUUGUGGUUCAUUGGGUGAACUAGGCUUUGUUUUAAAACAGCCAUAACAUUGGCUCAACAAGACCAAUUUAACAAUCUUAGUGUCAAAAUUCAUCUCUUAUAUAGAUCGAAUUUUCGAUGUCCAUUAACACUUAGCUGUGCAAGAAUCUGUGACACGGCUAUUGCAUUUUUUGAGACACCCUUUAUAAUAACUAUACAUGUACUAAAAUUGUUAUUAAUUGAAAGUAAUUAUUACGCAAGAAUUUUUAAACUAAAACUUGUUUGUAAUUCUAGGGUAAAACGUAAUUGUACAUAGUGUUAAUAAUAAUAUAACUGUCCAUUGAAUAUAUUCCCAACCAAUUUAAAACUGUUGUCUUGUGUCAUUUACGGAGUAAUUACAUUUAAAUGGAUAAAAAUUAUCUCAAAUUAUUAAACUAGAGAAUUGGCAAACAUCUGGUCACCAGAUGAAAGAUUAUGGUCGCAGUUGGCGACCUGGGGCCCGCUCAUUUCAAUCCCUGCCCAAUGAACGACUAAGUUGAUUAACUAGUAGUCGCUCACUGAAUUUCCUUAUGGAUUUCCUUUUUUGUGAUAGUAGCCUAAAUAAGUAUGUACGAUUUUCUCGCACGAAAUCAUAAUUCAAGUAGCUUGUAUCAAUUUUUCCAGUGAGUCGUUUCCUAAACGUCAGUCAUGAAAGCUUUUCUUUGUGUGUUAUUUUCUGAGAUCUUCCUGGUGUGACGUUCAACUGGCAUUGAAUUGAUACGUUGGAGUGUUUUUCCACGAAAAGAGUCGGAAUCACGAGAAAGACACUCCGAAGAUCUUGUACGGUUUCCGUUAAAUCUCCAUUGUUGAAAUACACCACGUGUCAUUUGCCAUGCGCCCAUAAGCUUGUUCCCAGGCUCCUCGGACUUUGUGGUCUUUGGUGUUUCAACAGAGAUUGUUUCCUCGCUGGAUGUUUUGUCUUGACUCAGCGGGCUGGGUGAUUCAGCUGGCUGUUUAAGUGUUGGACUGAAUGUUUCUGACUCGCUGAGUUGUUCCAGUUCUGACCAAUAACCCGAGCUACGUGGGGAAUAAACAGAACUUCGUGGUGAAGAGUGUUUCAUUUGGUACAAAGAACUUGGUCGUUUUCUUCUCUCAAUGCCUGAUUGUCUAAUUUGCCAGAUGUUUUCUUGAAUAGAGAGAUUAGGACAUGAUGGCCAUGUUUUAGGACGCAGUGCUUGUGUCUCUGGUGCUGGAUCUGGUGAUGAUUUGGGGCUGUCUUCGUCUAAUUCGUCAAUAGAACUACUCAAUGACCGCUGCUCUGGGGUACUGUCGUGCAUGGCUGACACGAAAGCUUCGCUAGAUACAUCUAGAAAGAUAGUUUUAAAAUUUUCCUGUAAACUUGUGGGUAUAGGCUGUG